AUCCGGAGGAUACUCCAGAGGUAAUCCGGGUAAUCCGUAAUCCGGCUGACACAAGCUUUAACAGUCGUUUCUCCCUAGAUGGAAAGUAACAAUUUUCUGGAGACUCCAGAAGGAAAAGGCAAGUAGACAUUGUUAGAAAAUGUUUGAGAACAAAUUGGAGUGUCGGUCAAAUAAUGUCACGAAUAAGUCAGUAAUUUUAAGUGACGCCGAAAGGCUAAAUUAAAUAAAACGGAAGGUUAGGUGGGUUAGAUCCUCCGUGGGCUUCCAGCAUUUCAAACAAACAACAUUUCUCUUCUCGAUGUAUUCCCCACGAUAGAACAUUUAGUAAAUUUAGUAUAAAUUGUAAAUGAGAGCACGAACUUACGAUUUUCGGGAAAAGAGCUGUUACAAGCCAGAGCCAGAAUACCGCUAAACAGCGCCAACCGCCAAUCCCGCCAACGCCAACGUUUGUUUGAAGAUAGUAUGAGAAUUUUGGAUAGUCUGUUUCGCUGGCGUCGGCAACGCCGUUUUCUGCUUUCUCCCGUGUCGUAACAAAACAACACAACAGGAGCUACUGACUCGAUUCACCAACAAAAAUUGGAUGAUUAUGCGUUAAAGUACUACGUCUUUUAAAGUUCAUCGAUCAACUUCCAAUUACUUUCAUGCGUGUUCGUCUGGCCUAUUAGAUUUUGCUUUUCUUGUGAGAACCUGCGUUCUUUUAAGUUGCGAUAUAAUCCUAACCUAACCUUCUGUGGAACGCGCCAGAGUGGCCAAUCUCAGAUCACCGCUUUAAUUUUUGUUGUCGAGCAAGGUUCAACGACGCAGAUAGUCACUUUGCACAUUAUUUGUCCUUUGUCGUAGAGGUGCACAUGUCGCUUAGCAAAAGUAACAUUUUCUUUUUCAGGUUUUGCCAUGGAAGAAAUCACUGUCUCUGUAUCUCUGUACAUAAAGGCAGACAUCCUGGUUCCUACUACAUUGCUCCAAUGGGCAUGCAUAUCAUGUCCAUUCUUUCAUGAAAGGAGGUCGAGUGUCACUACGCUGCGUGUUCAACGGACGUAGAAAGAGGAGGUGAAGGCAAUUUUAAUGUUUCAUUAAAAAAGCUGUACAACAGAGUGAGGGAACGGAUGAGGUUGUCUAGUAAUCAGAGAGGGGGAUUGACGUAUGUCAAACUACGAUCAUCUAUGCUUAGGGCCAGAAGAGAGCAUCUGCCUCCUAUACCUCACUCUAUAUCUGAGUUAGCAGCAAUUCUAGAAGAUCCUGCCUAUGACUUUCUGAAUAAAACUCUAGAUGGCGAAGAUCUACUCUGCAUUGGGAAGUUUGGUCAGAGCUCCAAAGGCACUCGCUGUCUGAUGUUUUCUUCUCAUCGGUUGCUCCAUUAUAUGUCAUCGGAAGACUCUCCUGUGCUAGAGGUUUUGAGCGAUGCUAACUUCUGUGUCCCAGUUGCACUCAAUGGGCGACAACUGUGGAAUAUUUGAACAAUACGAAGGAAUCAUGUCAUUGUCCUAGCACGGUUUCUCAUGCAGUCCAAGUCUGACGAGUGCUAUAAAGUCUGCUUAGAGGCGUUGAAAGAAAUCGUGCCUGAUUUCAGUCCUAGGACAGUCAUGUGUGACUUUGAGUCUGCCCAGUGCAAUGCCUGGGAGACAGUGUACCCUUUGGCAACUCUAUCUGGCUGCCUCUUCCACGGCUCUAAGGCAAUUGCUUUGCAUGCCCAAGAGCUGGGUCUCGUCCCUCUCAUCAGGGCAAAUGAGACCAUGGACAGUAUUGUCCGUUCUCUUUGUGCCCUUGCACUGUUGCCUGUAGACAAGUUGGUGACCGGAUUGGAAUGUGUUUCAAAUAGAUGUCAUGCUGAAGGACUGUCGAGACCAUGGAACCCAUGCUUAAUUACAUGUUGAGAACAUGGUUUUAACAGGACUUCAUGAGGAGGCUGUCUGUAUACGGUUGUUCUGACCGAACUUCCAACGCUUGCGAAAGUGCCAACGCGACCUUUGCAAGUGAAUGUGGCACUAAGAAACCGUCAGUAUACACCUUUCUCUAUGCUAUCAAAGAACUUGAAGACAGCUAUUGGAAUGACUGCCAAGACCUAGAAAACGGCCACACAUGCAGCCGUGGUCAGGAAUUGUCAGUCAUGGCAAAUGAUGAAGUUAUCAAAAAUCUGUCCAUUGAUCUUGCCCAUGGGCAAAUUAGUGUUGAGAGAUUUCUGGCCAAAACGUCUAGAAGAAUUCAAGGUGUUUAUGAAAUGGUCCUAAACUUAAAGAUGGAUCCGUAUCAGUCUAUGUAUCCCUUCAUGGGGAUGGGGAUGGGAAUGAGGGUGGGGAUUGGGACGGGCACUGGGAUGCCUCCUCCACCCAGUAGCAUGGAGAUGAUGCCAGAUAUGAUGCAGUGGUUCGGCAUGGGCAUGCCAAACCAAACUCCGACAAUGAUCUCAAAUGCAAAUGCGUUUCAUCCUGGCAUGGAUGUACCUGCUGCCAAUUCCAAACCGACUGCCAGUUCCAAACCGGCUGCCCUUGGACGCGCUCCAUCUGCUGACUCUGUGUCAACUGAGUCAACAACUAUUUCAGCCACUGACUCCAAACCAAAACCCAAGCAAAACCAGUCAAAGAAGAGGAAGCAGAUGACCAUAUCAUCAGAUGAUGAUGAUAGUUCCCAACCAGGACAGAAAAAAGGAGGCGAUGACUCAGACGUGCAACUGACUGAGAAAGAAGAAGAAGAAGAGGAGGAGGAUGCGGUGGCAGCGAAAUCUGGCUUCCAAAGUUUUAUGGCAAAGCUUAAGGCCAAGCAGACCCCAAAGCAUGACUCAGAUGAUGAGGAUGGGCAGGGUAGUAGCGGUGAUGAAGAUAAGCCUAAAGGCAAAAGAUUGGUUGGUAGACCAAAAGGUGCCCAGAAUAGAGGUCCAAAGAGAGCGGAACUACUAGAAAUGUAUGAGCAAAAGUGUGCUGAAAAUAAAGACCUGAAAGAGAAACUGAAAGCAUCUCAAUCUGAAAACAAGAUGCUGAAGAUGGAGUUGAAGAAAAUAAAACAAAAUAAAGAUGAUGAAACUGUUAUAAUUUCAAGUGACUCUGAACUUGAAAUGGAAGAGUUAUCUGUUGUUCAUCUCCGCUCCAGACCAAGUGAGCCCAAACUACCAAUGUCUUUCGAAUGGAACGGGAAGGUAAAGCCAAAUAAGCCACACUGCGCUGAGAAGACUAUUCCUAUAGAUCAGGACACACUGAACAGGAUCAAAGUCGAGGGAGAAAGAAAGCAUGUUACUGAUCUAAACUGGAGGGAAGAGGUAAUUGCAUUUAGGAGCAUAAGUACCUUUAUUAAGUCAUGAGGGAGACAAAAUGAUGGUCCAAAUUUCAGAUUUCUCAACGUUAAAUGUUUGAUCCAUGAUCAAAUGUAUUCUGUUCAGAGUAUAUUGAAAUGCUACUGUGUAAUAACCUGGGAAAAAUUUUAAGUGGCGAGGUGGCAUUGAAGUGGAUUUUGACUUUUUAAGUGGCAAGUUGCCACUCUCAGCCGCUCUCAGCCGCUGUCCUGGAUGUUUAACAGGGCACGUAAUAACGGUUGAGAGAGUUAACAUGUAAAAGAGUUAAUAAACUCAGGUGAGACAGUAAUUAGUAUGUGUAUUUGCAGGAGUUG